AUGGAAUGUGGAAAUUUGCAAACAAUUAAAUCUCCUUCGAUGUUAAGGAAACUGAAUAGUGAAAAACAGUUGAAAGGGGAUUUCAACCGAAAUGAUCACUUUGAUGUAGUCUUAAUGGCCAAAGAACAUCCAUGGUUGAAUAUGAAAGUUCCCGAAAGUAUAGAAGAACCAUUCAAUGUAACAUGGGCAAGCCAACAGCAGUUGGCAAUGGUUCAAAAUUUAUUUAAACAAGGUGUGUUAACAACUAUUCAUGUGGAUUCAACAGGAUCAGUUGUUAGGCCCCCUCAGAGCUCAACAAAACAAACUAUUUAUUAUUAUGCUUGUGUAGUGCGUAUAGGUAAAAUUUAA